UCGCGUGGCAUCCAUUCACAGUUUCUUGGGACAUGCUUAAGUUAACGUUAGUCUGUAUGUUGGCCAGCUUGGCGCUGGCCCAGCACAAUCCACAAUGGUGGGGCAAUCGCAACACCAUUGUGCAUCUGUUUGAAUGGAAAUGGGCGGACAUUGCGCAGGAGUGCGAGGAUUUCCUGGCGCCGCAUGGCUAUGGGGGCGUACAGGUGAGCCCCGUUGCCGAGAACAUCAUAUCCGAGGGUCGGCCAUGGUGGGAACGCUACCAGCCCAUCUCCUACAAGCUGAUCACACGCUCCGGCAAUGAACUAGAAUUCGCCGACAUGGUGCGCCGCUGCAAUGAUGUGGGUGUGCGCAUCUAUGUUGACGUUCUGCUCAAUCACAUGUCCGGCGACUGGGUGGGCACUGCCCACGGCACUGGCGGCUCUGUGGCCGAGCCCAGCAGCAAGUCCUUCCCGGCUGUGCCCUACACAGCGCAGGAUUUCCAUCCCAGCUGUGAGAUAUACGACUGGAACGAUCGCUUCCAAGUGCAGCAAUGCGAGCUGGUGGGCCUCAAGGAUCUGGAUCAAAGCCGUGACCACGUGCGCAAGCAGCUCAUCGAAGUGUUGGAUCAUCUAAUUACGCUCGGCGUCGCUGGCUUCCGCGUGGAUGCAGCUAAGCACAUGGCUGCCGCCGAUUUGGAUUAUAUUUACAGCAACAUGCGUGACCUGAACACCGACCACGGCUUCCCCAACAACGCCCGCCCUUUCAUCUACCAGGAGGUCAUCGAUCAUGGCCAUGAGACAGUCUCACGCGAUGAGUACACACCCCUUGGCGCCGUCACCGAGUUCCGUUUCUCGGAGGAAAUUGGCAAGGCUUUCCGUGGCAACAAUGCGCUGAAAUGGCUCCAAAGCUGGGGCACCGAUUGGGGUUUCCUGCCUUCCGACCAGGCACUGACCUUUGUGGACAAUCAUGACAAUCAGCGUGACGGUGGGCAGGAGCUCAAUUACAAGUCGCCCAAGCUGUACAAAAUGGCCACCGCCUUCCAUUUGGCCUACCCAUACGGCAUCAGCCAGGUGAUGAGCUCGUUUGGCUUUGAUAACCGCGAUCAGGCGCCGCCGCAGGAUGCCCAGGAGCGCAUCAUCUCGCCGGAAUUCGAUGCCGAUGGGGCCUGCACCAACGGCUGGAUCUGUGAGCAUCGCUGGCGUCAGAUCUACAAUAUGGUGGGCUUCAAGAACACCGUGCGCGGCACCGAUUUGACCAACUGGUGGGACAAUGGUGACAAUCAGAUUGCCUUCUGCCGCGGCUCCAAGGGCUUUGUGGCCUUCAAUAAUAAUCUGUACAAUUUGUCGGAGCAUUUGCAAACCUGCCUGCCAGCUGGCGAAUACUGUGACGUCAUAUCCGGCAGUCUGGUGAAUGGCGCCUGUACAGGCAAAUCGGUGACUGUGGAUGGCAAUGGCUAUGGCUACAUUAACAUUGGCGCCGAGGACUUUGACGGCGUCCUGGCUCUGCAUACGGAUGCGCGUUUGUAAAUUAAAAAAGGAAAAGAAUUUUCACAAUUUUUUCAAAUAACAACAAUCAAUCGGGAUUUAUUUCUCAAUAAUACAAUAAAACGCACAUAAACCAUAA